AGUAGAUAUUUUAAAGCGGUUGUAAGUGAAAGUAAGCGAUUUGGAAUAUGUCAGUGUUGCAUUGCGAAGUGCAGUUGGAUAAUCAAAAAGCUAUAUAUGAGCCGGGCGAUAAGCUUACAGGGCAAGUAACCUUAACUUUGGAAGUGCGGCUGCUACUCAAAGCGGCAGCUAUAAAAUACACAGGCUUUGCUGAAGUGCAAUGGCAAACGCUCCUGCCACCGAAGAAAACUAAAAAAUCAAAGAGAAAAAAGAAGCAGCAACAGGAAACAUCGUCCGAUGCGGAAGUACCAGAGCAGCGUAUAGAGGUUUACACUAAUCGUGAGGAUUUUCUAUCCAGCGUGAAUUAUUUUAUUGGCUCAGAGGAAGCGACUGCAAGAAUAGUUAAUCGCGGCACCUACACCUACCCAUUCAGCCUGACGUUGCCACAGAGUUGUCCGUGCAGCUUUGAGGGCCUUAAUGGACACAUUCGCUAUAUGAUUGAAGUUUUUGUCGAUCACAAGAAUAAACGUGAAAUCUGGUAUACACAACAAUUACGUGUAGUCAAACCACUCGAUCUCCGCCAUUGUCCACAAGUGACCGAACAGAAUUGUGAUGUGCAUGUCAAGGAGCAGAAGUUUUGCAGAAUCUUUAAAAAAUCAUUAGAAAUGGUUGUAAAUUUACAACAAAUUGGCUUCGUGCCUGGCGAAGCGCUCUCGGCACACGUCAAAAUACAAAAUCACGACAAAUUGAAUUUAAAGCAAAUAACCUACGAAUUACAUCAAAUUUGUCGUAUAACUGCUUCGCAUGGACACAAAAACACCAAAACACAAUAUUUCCUCACCAAUCUGGCUAAAGCAGUACACAACUUAGGCGGCACUCAAAAGUGUAUGGAGGAACAUUUGCAGAUGUUGUUAGUGCCUCAAACAGUGCCAAGUUCUGAUGAGAAUGACUGCCGCUGCCUACAUAUUAGCUACGAGUUAAGUGUGUGGCUGAGCACGAAUAAGGCAAAUCGUUGGCUCCAAGCAAAAAUACCUAUCACAGUGGGUACUGUGCCAUUGAAUAGUGUAGAAGAAGCGCGCCCCUGGCUAAAAACAGGGCAGGAGCAAGUUUUCGAAGAACAUUCUGGGAAUUAUUUGAGUAAGAGUAAUUUAUUAUCAAGUGGGAUGGAGGUGAAUAGCUUUGUGGAGCCCACAGCUCCCGAUCCGCCUGAGACACCCGAACUGAGCAUGUCAAUGAUGUCGUUAGCUUCUUCUUCCUUCCGCGAAGCUGAAUACCUACCCAAAACCAAAUUCGAUGUCGACACCAAGAAAUCAAAGCACAAGAAGGAUUCUAAUCAAACUGAUUUUAAACCAAAAUAUCUCUACUACGACAUGAAUAGUGGAUCUGCUGCACAAAAUGUUGAGCUUACUGCCUCCCCAUAUACUACAGUAUCAACAACAACAACAGCAACAAGUACGACUGAUGAACAAACUGAAAGGCGAAAUCGAGAAAAUAAUGCAUUUGGUGAAGUCUUGCAGCAGUUGGCUAGACAAAUGCAAGCACGAAGAACUAUUACUGAAACAUGAAUAUUUAAAAUAUGACAAAAUAUAUACAUGCAUAAAUAUAAAUAUAACACAUAAAAAUAUUGGAAUAACCCUGUAAUCAAGUUUACUAGUUGGAAACGGCCGCACAACUAGUACCAGUCGCUGACCUAACUAGUCGAGCAACUAGUCUUUGUUUUGCAUGCAAGCCACUGUAGUGUAAUUCACUAACUUUAAACGAUUCGACAAUUGCCAUUUUUGUCUACGAUAUUUGUCAAAUAAAAUAUCAAAAUGAUCGCAAGGUCGAAUAGCAAAAAUUACUAUCGUUAGCAUAUGAGCCAAGCUCUUAAACUCAACUAUUUCAGUAUUUUCUUCCA